AUCACGCGGGAAACCGGCAGCGCUGGAACAUGGAGGAACUGGACGUGGAGCCGGCGGAAACUCUCAUCCCAGGAAUGGGGCAACUGGAUCGUCCUAUAGGAUUUGCCUGGGGACCUGGAGAUCUCUUGCUGUAUGACACUCAGUACCAUGAUUCAGAUCCUCCUAUAAAAGCUGGAAGCAGAGAUGGUGGUUUUGAGCCCUGUUGUUUUAUGUACAUUGUGCGCCAUGAUGAAGAUCUAUAUUCGCCAGUUCUUCGUAAGCUCUACAAUGAAUCACACGGCAUCUUUGUGGGUCUGCAGAAGAUUGAUGAGGAAUCCAGCAAGUCUCGAAAAACACAGUUUAUAGGAGUGAGUAAGAAUUAUCGCUCAGUACUCCAGGCUUGUAUACACGAGAUGCACCAACUAACUGUUUCUACACGUGAUGUUGCUGAAAGUAACAAGUACUCUUUCCAGGUUUCCAUACUAUCUGCCAUGGAGCUGACCUGGAACCUCUGUGAGAUACUCUUCAUUGAAGCAGCAUCAGCCGGUCCCCUGUUAAUACUCCUACUUGACUGGGUGCGUCUCCAUGUUUGUGAGGUGGACAGUCUUGCCCAAGAAGUGCUUGAAAGUCAAACUCCCACACAACACGACAGAUUUUGGGAUGCGAUCACUGGCUGUGUCCUGCAGGGAAGAAUGGAUGAAGCGCGGCAGUUACUGUCCAAAGAAACCUCUUCCAACGUGAACUCCCGGAGCAUGUGCCGUGUCCUGGACGACCUCUUGAAAAAGAUGCCCAUGCUGAGUUCCUCAACAGCACAGACUCUGACAGAAUUUGAACUUAAGUGGCAGCAUUGGCGUGAAGAAUGUACACAUCACCUGAUGUGCGGGACGUUCUCCUCCAGCCAGGACAUGGAAUCUAUCUGCAAGAUUCUUUUGGGCGAUGAAGAGACUUUACUGGAAAGGAGGGAACUUAUGACAACCUGGUAUCACUACCUUGUGUCACAUCUGCUCUUUACACAUCCAACAGUGAAACCCACAGAACUGCAUUCCUAUGCACAGUCCAGCCUUAACAUAUUUUUAUCAGGAGAGAGUACCGCAGAGCCCCUGGACAACAUCCUAUUGGCUGCAUUUGAGCUUGACAUUCACCAGGUCAUUAAGGAGUUCAGCAUUGUCUCCAGUAACUGGUGGUUUGUGGCUCACCUGACUGACCUGCUAGAUCACUGCCAGCUCUUCCAGUCACACAGCUUAUAUUUUGGGUCAAACAUGAGAGAGUUUCUCCUGCUUGAAUAUGCGUCUGGACUCUUCUCCCAUCACAGCCUUUGGCAACUAGGAGUUAGCUAUUUUGACUACUGUCCUGAGCAAGGACGUGCGUACCUUGAGCUUCACAUAGAAAGAAUCCCUCUUACUACUGAGAAAAAAGCUCUGAAGGUCCUGCAAAUCUGUGAGAAAAGACAGAUGACUGAACAAGUCCGCAGUAUCUGCAAGACAUUGGCAAUGAAGGCCCUGCGCAAUGGCCGUUUGGGAUCAGCAUUAUCGUGGAGUAUUCGAGCCAAAGAUGCAGCUUUUGCAACACUUAUAUCAGACAGGUUCCUAAACGAUUAUUGUGAGCGUGGGAAAUUCUCAGACUUGGACCUGCUUGACAACCUGGGUCCUACCAUGCUGCUCAGCGACCGUCUCACAUUCCUAGGAAAGUACAGGGAGUUUCAUAGGAUGUACAAUGAGCAGCAGUUUACAGAAGCAGCUGGUUUGCUGCUCUCUCUCUUGACGGCUAACAUAGCACCAAGUUUCUUCAGGCUCACUCUCCUGCUGGACGCCCUGCCGCUCCUUGAACAGAACGAGGUGAUCUUCUCUUCUAAGCAAACCUAUGCAUUAAUGAAAUGCUUGGAAGACCGGAUGACGGUGAAACAAGAAUUGACACAGGAGCCAACAUCACAGGAGCUGAACAUGGAGAAUACUAAAGUGGAAAUGCUGAGAUUGGCUCUUGCACGAAACCUGGCACGCGCAAUUGUGAAAGAGGCUAUGCUAAAAGCAUAGAACAAGGUUAUUUUGAAUACAUUUAUUUAUAACUUUUUUUUAUGUUCUGUUAUUGUAUUUUUAUCCCCCCCCCUUCCCCCUCAUUGAAGUUUUUCUAUCUAGAAAGACCUAUUAUUGCUGACACCAUCAUUCAUUGUUAAACCAGUUAAAAACCAUGAAGUGUGAGCCUCCAGUUACCAUAACCAUUUCAAUGAUAUGAAGUGGUUAUGGUGCCAAGAGCGUCCUUUUAAUACUGGUGUGUGAAUUUAGUCAAGAAGAAUUGUUGGAGACAAUGUAAAUUACAAGGCUGAAUGUUUAUACUAC